AUGAACUAUUACAAAAAUACCCCUGUUGAGGAAUGGACGCGUGCAAAUAUAAUAGAUCAUUACCGCGGAGAAAAAAUAAUAACUUUACAACAAAGAGCGAAAACCCUUGAUACAAUCAAAAAAGACCUUCAAAAGGUUACGGCUGAUUCGGAAUUUGAUUUAACUCGUAGGAAUAAAGCACAAACUAUACUUAAUAAUUGGUCGGUUGCUGAAACUCUUAGUUUACAGCGGAUAGCCCAACUCUUAGUUGAGGAUGAUUCCAAGGGAGUAGUUAGCGCUAAAUUCUUCAAUAAAUCUCCCUUGUGGACGGAUAUUCUUGUUUCACUUUAUAUAAUCAGGGCUUACGAGAUGAUUAAUUCUGUUUUUAACAAGAAUUGGUCUUCUGCGUUCAAGACGAAUAAAAGACGGUUAAAUGGUAACGAAAUAUCCAAUAAGAUUGGGAUAAUCCGUGCUAAACAACAGCUCCGUGCAAUUAAAAAUUCAGCAGAACAAGUAGAUAUUUUUCAAAAACAAUUUAAUGAAGAUACCCAAAAACGCAGUCUAGAAAACCGUGAUGAUCAUGAAGUGCGAGGGAAAAAGAUCAAAACUAGUCUUCCAUCAAUCGAAAUAAUUAAAACCUGGAAUUCAGAAAGACUAAUCGAGUUCUUGAAAGAACAAAACUUAUUUUUGUGUGAAAAACACUUUGAUAUUCUACGUUCGCAAGGAGUCACUGGCUACUCUUUUCCUACAUUUACAAAGGAAGAAUUUCAAGAAUGCGGAUUAGAAAUAGGACCAAGCAAGGCUCUUGCAACCUUAAUUAAUGACAUUCAUAAUGAAGCGACAAAGUCUGUUGCAAUUGAAAUCAAGUUCGAUCGGAAAGAUAGUCAUGAUGAAAAUUUUAAAGCACUUCGCAAAGAACUUUCUGAAAAGAUUCGUGGAAGUCUUCGCGAAGAACUUUCUGAAGAGCUUCGUGAAAGCAUCCGAAACCUCCGUGAAAGUCUUUGUAAAGAUCUCUGUUAUAAGUUAAAUGAGGUCGAAUAG